AUGUCCAGUCGAGUGUUUAGAGGUCUCCGUCUGCAUGGAGCUCCCAUCAUUGAUCUUAGACAUUCUUCUAUUCACAAUUGCCUGAUGGAGUUCUUACUGCAACACCGAUUAAUGACGACAAGCAAGCGAGUGCAAGACCGAAGCAAGAAGAAGAGAGUUCAUGCCCUAGAAAUCGCCACUGAGAAGUGGAAAAUUACAUCCAAAGUGCUGUUCCUGAUGGAAAUUUUGAAGCAGGAACGUGAACAAAUCAUACCCAUAAGAUCACUCGACCAGUACAGGAGGCAAAUCAACUUGCCAAAACCCCAUAAACUCUCAGAUUUCAUCAGAAAAUCACCUAAACUAUUCGAAAUGUAUAAAGACCAUAAAGGGGUUUUGUGGGUUGGAAUGACUAAAGAAGCUGAAGAUUUGGUCAGGGAAGAGGAGAGCAUCACUGAAGACUACUCAGAGAAAGCUGCAGAGCAUGUAAGUAGAUUCUUGAUGAUGUCAAUUGACAAGCGUUUGGCUUUAGAUAAGAUUGCUCAUUUUAGGAGAGACUUUGGUUUGCCCUUUGAUUUUAGAAAAGACUGGGUUCAUAGAUAUCGGCAGCACUUUAGGGUGGUUAAGAAUGAGGAUGAUGUUGAAUGCCCGGGUCUAAAAGCAGGGUCACAGGAAUUUGAUAAAAGGGCUGUUGCAGUGAUGCAUGAGUUGCUUAAUUUUACUAUUGAGAAGCGAUUGGUCACUGACCAUCUAACCCAUUUCCGAAGGGAGCUUGUGAUGCCCCAGAAGCUGAUGAGGCUGCUAUUAAAGCAUUUUGGGAUAUUCUAUGUUUCUGAGAGGGGGAAAAGAUUUAGUGUGUUUCUUACUGAAGCAUAUGAAGGUUCUGAAUUGAUUGAAAAAUGCCAAUUGGUUAAUUGGAAGGAGAAGGUUCAGAGUCUUAUUGGAUAUAGAGGAAGGAAGAAGAAAAUUGAAACUUUUGAUGAUUUUCCAGAAGAGGUGGAUGAGGAUUUGUUUCAGAGUGAUCCUGAGGAAGAUAGUGUGCGUGUGGAAUUGGGGGAAGAACAGAUCAUGGGUCGUUUAGCAGACUCUUCUCUUAUGGAUGAUUCUGAGAUGGAGAUUGGAGAGAUUUCAAGUGCAUACAAGGACUUGGAAACAUGA